UCUCUCUCUCUUCUUAGAAAAAAAAAAAAAAAUUAAAAUUUUAAUAAUGUCAAACUUAAUUAAUUAUAGCAAUGGUGAGAUGAAAACAUCAACCUUUGAAGAAAAGAUGGAAAAUGCGAAUUUUCCAAUGUCUGACAAAGGUCGUGUUUAUCAUGUAGAGGUAAAAAGAGGUGAAGUCGCGAAUAGGAUCAUAACCGUUGGUGAUCAUACUAGAGCAGAAGAGUUUGCUCAAUAUCUUGAUAAAGAUUCUCCUUUAUUUCGUUUGAGUUCUGCUAGGGGUUUCUUAACUAUAACCGGUAAAUAUAAAGGUGUUCCUAUCUCAAUAAUAGCAAUCGGAAUGGGACUUCCUAUGAUGGAUUUCUUUGUUAGAGAAGUUAGAUCUGUUGUUGAUGGUCAAUUGGCUAUUAUAAGAUUUGGUACUUGUGGUUCUAUAGGUGCUGCUAGAACUGGUUCUAUAAUUGUACAAAAUGCUGCUUUUGCCAUUACUAGAAAUUAUAAUUAUUUCUCUGAUACUGAAGAAAUUGAAUCUGAAUUAACUGAUGAAAAACCUUAUAAUUUUACAAAAAUUUUUCAUGCUGAUCCUCAAUUAUAUAAAAAAAUUGAAUUGGAAUUAAUAAACUCUUUUGGUGAAGAUAAUGUAUUUACUGGUUUAAAUGCUACUUGUGAUUCAUUUUAUUCAUCUCAAGGUCGUAAAGAUGGAAAUUUUCGUGAUUAUAAUUCAAAUUUAAUUUCAACUAUUUCUGAUGUUUAUCCCGAAGCUAUUUCUUUAGAGAUGGAAGCUUUUAUGUUAUUUCAUCUAGCAAAAUCAAGUACUUCUUUACCAUUAAAAGAUUCUAAUAAUACUAUAUUAAAAAAUAGUAUUAAAGCUGCUUCUGCUGCUAUGGUAGUUGCUGAUAGGGUUACAAAUGAUUUUAUUAGUCCUGUUAAAGUUCAUGAUAUACAAAAAGUUGCUGGUAAAGCUGUAUUAAAUGCUUUGGUUGAUUUUGAAUUAAUUUAUGUUCAUCCUGAUGAUGAUGAUUGUGUUUGGAAUCAAAAUUAAUUCUUUUUUUUUUUUCCUUUAUAAUCAUUUUCCUUUAUGUAUUAAUCAUUUUCCUUUGUAUUAAUCAUUUUCCUUUAUAAAUAAAUAAUAAUCUUCCUUUAUAUAAUAA